AUGUUUUUUGAAUACCAGGCGAACAUGUUUUGCAGCACAUGGAUUGAAAUUAAGAGAUCACGUCAUUUAACUCAUUUGUUUGGAAAUCAGAAGAAACUUCUUCCCGGUGUUAUUCUGUUUCGUGUCAACACUAAGGAUAAUGUCAUAAGAAUCAACGAAAUUUGGGCUCAUGGUUUUGGCUUUCGUGCUAAUAUCGAUCUUCUUCAGCCACAGCGUCCUAAGCGUAGUCUUCGGCGAAGCGAAGUAUAUGAAACGCUCAAAGAAUUGAUUAACCAGCACGGCUUCAACGGAACAGCCUGCAUAUUAAAGACAUUCUGUGAUGCUUCAAAAGAACUUACACAAAAAAGCGGAAUGCUUUUUAAGCUGUUUAAAUUAAUUUUUACACAACCUAGCACAGAUGACAGAUUAACAGCAACCGAUGAUCGAAAGGAUUCAUAUUGGACGUCAAACAAUUGUGAUGAAUUCACAAGGCAAUGUCCAUUAUGGUUAUUAAAACUGACACCUUAUACUGACAUUUAA